AUGUUAAAUGUACGAUUUAUAAUUGCUAAAAUUUCGAAAAUUAGCACCGCAAGGACUAUUAAAGAAAAAUUUAUUAUAAAUAUUCCUGAUAUCUGUAAUGAUAAUGAACAAACUAUCAAAUUCAACGAACUUGUUGAUUUACUAGUUGCGGCUGGAUAUUUUAGAGCAAGAAUUAAAGGAUUAUCAAACUUCGACAAAGUUAUUGGUGGUAUUACUUGGUGUAUUGAAUCAUGUAAUUUUGACGUAAAUGUCAAUUUUUUAUUUCAUGAAAAUCUCUCAAUAGGACAAAAAAUUGCUUUAACGGAAAAAAUUGUUUGUAUGUUAUUAAAAAUGAGCUGUCCUUUUAGAAUAGAACCUCAUCAAGUUCAAGGAUUAGAUUAUAUACAUAUAUUUCCUGUCAUUCAGUGGCUUGUAAAAAAAUCAAUAGAGACAAGAAAAGAAUCCGCUGGUUUUGUACGGCUCUUAUCUCACCGUCAAUUUUAUAAAACUCGUAAUGUGUUAGAUAAAAAAUUUCAUAGUUCAUGUGAUUCUAAAGAGUACAAUGAUUUUAAUAUUAAAAUUAUCAAAAAUAUUUAUGAACCACGAAGACGAUUAAAAAAAGAUUUACCGCUACUGGCUCAAGUUCCGAAAUUGAAAAGCACUAUAUUAGAAUAUGGAAUUUUUUUAUUUCCAAGUACGACGUAUAAAAAUCUAAAUCACUUUGAAGUAGAUAAUAAUAAAAUCAAAAUUAAAACAAUAUCAACACCAAAUGUUGAAGAUGAAUAUUCGAAAUUAUCGGAAACUAUAGUCUGUAUAGACAAAAAUCAAAUGGGUAGUAUUGUAAGUUCUCAAAUUAAUCAAGAAAUGGAAACUUUUGGACGUAAUUUUACACCAUGUAUCGAUAGAAAGGACACUGACAGCGAUGCUAAUUUAUAUGAAGCACUGAGAAAAAAAAAAAUGAGUUGGUUGAACCAAGUACAAAAAAUUAAGCACGAUCAAAGCGAAUUACUUCAAAAAAUUUCCAGGUUAAUUGAAAGAAUGGAAAAGAUUUCUGAAAAUCAAUCUAAAAUAGAAAAUAAUACUUCUCAACUAGCAAACUUGAAAAAUUUUGAUAAUAAAAGCGUAAUAGAAAAACUUGAACAGUUGAUUGCAGUUCACAUGAGCUUAAAAGAUCAGGAAACGAAAUUUCGUGAACAAUGCAAAAAAGAUCGAACUUAUCUGCAAAUAAUUUGUGAUACAGUUGAAAAUGCUGCAUCAGUAACAAAACAAAGUCAUUAUAAAGAGUAUGAUGAAUUUAAAUUGUCAAUUAACAAAAUUAGAUUAACUCUAGCAAAAAAAAAUCGUGCUUGUGUAUUACUAACUCGUCAACUGGAUGACGUGCCUCGUAGAUUUGAAUUGACGCAGUAUCAGCGUCGGUUUAUGGAACUAUACAAUCAAGGUAAGAAAGAAAGAAGUAUUCAUCUAACUAAAAAU